AUGCGCGCCUCGAUCGCGCGCGCGUCGACGAUGCGCGCGAACGCGUCGUCCAACGCGCGUCGUCCGACGCGCGCGCGAAUCGCGCGAUCGACGGCGUCCCGCGCGCGUCCCGCUCGCGUCGCGCGCGCGCCGAGGGCGUUCUUCGAGGACCAGGAGGACGACUUCGAUCUGUCGCCGUCCACGACGGCGACGGCGACGCCGGACGCGUGGACGACGGGAACGUUCACGCCGCUCGACGAGCGGUGCGUCGCGUUCGGGGUGUCGCACCUGGUGGAGGGGGCGCACGACGCGGCGGAGUACAUUUUGAGACGAGGGCCGAAAGUCGUCGUCGUGGAGACGGCGGUGACGAGCGAACACGGCGACGCGACGGGAAACGCGGUGAAUUACGAGCAAGGAGUGACGGCGAUGAUGGUGGACGCGGCGACGGCGCCGGAGGCGCUGGUGUUCGUGACGCGAUUGGCGGGGGCGCUGAAGGGGGAGCUGGGACCCAUCGCGGACUCGCCGCAGUGGGAAAACAUGAAGGCGCAGUUACCGCCCGAGGUCUUGGUGUACGCCGCGGCGUUCGCGGUCGGAGCGACGGUGAUUUACGGCGAUCGACCGAAAGCGGUGACGUAUAAGCGAUUGAUGGCGACGCCGACGCUGGAGGAAUUGGACGGGACGUUCGCGGCGCAGAGCGAGCGGAACUAUCGCCUGCUGUUACCGGAGGAUCACCCGUUAGCGGCCAAGGCGAACGAGCGCGUGGACGAUUGCUUCGAGCGAAUCAUCAUCGACGAGCGCGAUCGCGUCAUGGCGUCGACGAUCAAGGAGUGCGCGGAGAAGACGGACGACGGGACGGUGGUCGCCGUCAUCGGCGUCGACCACAUCGCGGGCGUGUCGCGCAUUUACCGAGACAACUUCGCGGCGGCGGAGAACGACGCGAAAAUCGCCGAGCUGAACGCGGCGCCCGAGGGCGCGCCGGAUUCCAUGGGCGUGCGCGUCGCCCUGGCGCAGCGUUUGAUGGGUUUGAGAUGUCCGCCGGCGUUGGUGGACGACGUCAUGCGAACGCUCUCGUGGGACGUGCAGAACCUCAGCGCGGCCGACGCGAACGAAUUCGAGCUCGUGAGCGAGGUGUACGGCUCGCCGCGCAUGCUCAUGGCGUGCGUCGAAGAUAAAGAACUUCUCGACGCCGUCAUCGGCGGGUUCAAGUGCGACUACUCGGAAGAAGUCCUAGCCCCCGUGCGCGCGGUGCGGCCGAUCAACGGCGGCAAGGGGUACAGCGACGAAAUCGUCAACGCCCUUCGCACGUCGUCGUACGUCAACUUCAAAUCGUGA